AUGGCCAUGUACUCUCACACUUGCUGCAGGGUCACCAAUACUUCUUCUAUUGUGGCUUUCCGUGGCUCUGGGACCAUGAUUGACUAUGCUGCAAUGAAUGGAGCCAUCAUUAGUUUUACUACGGCUUUAGCAACAUACUUGAUUCCUAAGGGUAUCCGGGUCGGCAGUCGCGUGAGGAUCAUCCAUUCAUUACUCUUUGCAAGUACUUCGGGUGCGAUCUAUACCCCAAUUCAAGUCGACACCCGAGAUGCCAACAGAUGGAAGGGUGAGGUCACAAAUCUGGUCUUGGUCGACAUGGUGAGCCAAGUGAGGUUGCCACAAGCUUCGUAUUCUUGGCUAGUGCGGAUUCUUCUCUAUACUAUGGGCAAGUGA